GGCGGAGGAGCGCGGAGCGGUGGCCGGAGCGGGGCUCGGGUGCGGACCAUGGGCUGGCGGCUGCUGCUGCUGGCCCUGGCGCUGGGCGGCCGCGUCGCCACCGCGCAGAACGACACCGAGCCCAUCGUGCUGGAGGGCAAGUGCCUGGUGGUCUGCGACUCCAACCCGGCCCCCGACGCCAAGGGCUCGUCCUCCUCGCCGCUGGGCAUCUCCGUGCGGGCGGCCAACUCCAAGGUGGCCUUCUCGGCCGUGCGGAGCACCAACCACGAACCCUCCGAGAUGAGCAACAAGACGCGCAUCAUCUACUUCGACCAGAUCCUUGUAAAUGUGGGCAAUUUUUUCACGUUGGAGUCUGUCUUUGUAGCACCACGGAAAGGAAUUUACAGUUUCAAUUUUCACGUAAUUAAAGUCUACCAGAGUCAAACAAUUCAGGUGAAUUUGAUGCUGAAUGGGAAGCCAGUGAUCUCUGCCUUCGCUGGGGACAAGGACGUCACCCGUGAGGCCGCCACCAACGGGGUGCUGCUGUACCUGGACAAGGAGGACAAGGUUUACCUGAAGCUGGAGAAAGGAAAUCUGGUCGGUGGAUGGCAGUACUCGACAUUCUCCGGCUUCCUGGUCUUCCCCCUGUAA